AUGUUGACGUGCAUAGCGUGCACCAAGCCAGCGGCCGAGGAUGGACGAGGAGAAGAAGGAGGAGCUCGUGGAAGUGGCACCCCAAGUACAAAAGAAGCCGUCAAAAGCCUUACUUCACAGAUCAAGGAUAUGGCACUGAAAAUGUCUGGCGCUUAUAAGCAAUGCAAGCCCUUCCCAGGUCCCAGCAGCCACAGGAAAGGACAGCGAGCCUACCCUGACUUCGAUGCAGCUUCAGAAGGGGUUCCAUACCCCUAUUCUGGAGGUGGAAGCUCAAGCUCAACCCCUGCAUGGGAUUUUACUACUCCCAGUCAUCAUCGAGGCACUAGAGCUGACUCUAGAUUUUCUGCAUUGUAUGGUGGUGAUCGGACCCCUGGUGGAGCAGAGUCUAUCUCAGCACAGUCUUGUGAUGUGGUACUGGAGGAUGAGGUUGAGCCCAAGGAAUGGAUGGCACAGGUGGAGCCAGGUGUUCACAUUACUUUCGUGUCUCUCCCUGAUGGAGGAAAUGAUCUAAAGCGUAUUCGCUUCAGCCGAGAGAUGUUUAAUAAGUGGCAAGCUCAGCGAUGGUGGGGAGAGAACUACGACAGAAUCAUGGAGCUCUAUAAUGUCCAGAGAUUUAAUCGUCAAGCACUUCACACUCCCCCAAGGUCUGAGGAUGAGCGAAGAGACUCUUCCUACUCAAGGAUGGAAUCUGCAAGGGAAAGCCCUAUGGCUCCAUCAUUUACCCCAAGAAACUACUACAAACCUGCUGGAAGCAGAGGUUAUUUCCCAUCUGACAAUAUGGAUCACGGUGGCAACUAUCACUACCAUGCUGGUUCAAGUGGCUAUGGAAUGGGUGGACCAAAAGGUGAGGCAACUUCUAUAGAUGCAUCACGAACAACGACAUCAUCUAGAGAUGAGCCUUCUAUUUCAGUUAGCAAUGCCAGUGACCUGGAGGCAGAAUGGGUUGAGCAAGAUGAGCCAGGGGUUUACAUCACAAUCAGACAACUAGCCGAUGGCACUAGGGAGCUCAGGCGUGUCAGAUUCAGUCGUGAACAAUUCGGAGAAGUGCACGCAAAAUCCUGGUGGGAACAGAAUAGAGAAAGAAUACAAGCUCAAUACCUAUAA